AUGGGUCGUGUUAGAACUAAGACAGUCAAGAGAGCCUCUAAGGUCCUUAUCGAACGUUACUACCCAAAGUUGACUUUGGAUUUCGAAACCAACAAGAGAUUGACCUCUGAGAUCGCUAUCAUCCAGUCCAAGAGAUUGAGAAACAAGAUUGCCGGUUACACCACCCACUUGAUGAAGCGUAUUCAGAAGGGUCCAGUUAGAGGUAUUUCUUUCAAGUUGCAGGAGGAAGAAAGAGAAAGAAAGGACCAGUACGUUCCAGAAAUCUCUGCCUUGGACUUGUCUCACACCAAGAACCAAUUGGAAUUGGAUGAAGCCACCGCUGACUUGGUCAAGUCUUUGGGCUUCAAGUUGCCAGUCUCCGUUGUCCAGGUCUCUGCCCAGAGAGGUCAGCGUUUCAGAAAGAGAAACUAA